ACCUUAAUUGAAUACGUUCUCUCUCCUGUGUUGAGUUGCAAAAGACCUUUCCUUUUCCCUCUCAUCCAUUUAAAAAAUACGUUCCUUCUCUCUCAAGCUUGAUCUUCUUCUUCUUUUCUGUUUUCUCCAGAAAAUUGAAAAAAACAUAGAAUCCAUAAACCCCGGUAACCAUGAUGAGACUUUUCGGUAGAGGUUCCGUCGGAGAAUCUCCUCACACGGCGCCUCCGUCGACUCCACUUCCGGUGUCGUCGUCUAAUGUGUCCGCCGGGCCUGCAAGGCCAAUCCGAUUUGUGUACGCUGACGACAAUGGAAGGUUCCAUAUGGACCCGGAGGCGGUGGCGCUGCUUCAGUUGGUGAAACAGCCCGUAGGCGUGGUUUCCGUAUGCGGCCGCGCUCGUCAGGGCAAGAGUUUUAUAUUGAAUCAGCUUCUAGGAAGGAGCAGCGGGUUUCAAGUGGCACCAACUCAUCGCCCUUGUACCAAAGGUCUUUGGCUGUGGAGUGCCCCAAUACGGAGGACUGCACUUGAUGGAACAGGGUACAAUCUAUUACUCUUGGACUCGGAAGGAAUUGAUGCCUAUGACCAAACGGGAACAUAUAGCACACAGAUAUUCUCAUUGGCUGUACUUCUAUCAAGCAUGUUCAUAUACAACCAGAUGGGUGGUAUUGAUGAGGCUGCACUUGAUCGGCUUUCACUUGUGACUGAGAUGACCAAGCAUAUUCGUGUCAGAGCCUCUGGGGGUAAAAGUACAGCUUCAGAGCUUGGGCAGUUCUCCCCAAUCUUUGUCUGGCUUCUGAGGGAUUUUUAUCUGCAAUUGACGGAGGACAAUCUCAAAAUUACACCACGUGACUACCUAGAGAGGGCAUUGAGAUCAUCAGAACAGGGAAGCGGAAGGGAUUUUGCUGCCAAAAAUGAGAUUCGAGAGUCCAUUCGAUCACUUUUCCCGGAUAGAGAGUGCUUUGCUCUUGUGCGGCCCCUUAGCAAUGAGAAUGAGCUUCAAAGACUCGAUCAGAUUCCGCUGAACCAAUUAAGGCCUGAAUUCAGAUCUGGUUUAGAGUCUUUGAUAAAUUUCGUUUACGAGAGGACGAGGCCCAAGCAGAUGGGAGCAUCAGUGAUGACGGGGCCCAUCCUUGCUCGUAUGACUCAAUCAUUCCUUGAUGCCAUUAAUAAUGGUGCUGUGCCUACAAUCACCUCAUCGUGGCAGAGUGUUGAGGAAGCUGAAUGCCAAAGGGCAUAUGAAUUGGGUACUGAAGUUUACAUGUCUGGCUUUGACCGUUCAAAACCUCCAGAGGAAGCUGCGCUAAGAGAAGCACAUGAAGAUGCAGUUCAGAAAUCAAUGGUUGCAUUUAAUGAUACUGCUGUGGGUGUAGGUACGAGUAGGCAGAAGUAUGAAAAGCGUCUUCAGAAUUUCUUGAAAAAGGCAUUUGAGCUAAGAAUCCAUUGGCCCUCGGAAACUUUAGGCAACAGUGCCAAAUCCAAUCUUCUCAUCACUUUCGCCAGGUAA